AUGAAGGAGGAGGCCAGAUUAGAUAUUGAGCAGGAACCGAUUUUAUCUGGCUACUAUUAUACUUCGAUUUUGUGCCUUGAUUCGAUAGAAUCAGCUCUCGCGAAUCACGUCUCAAUCAAUUUGAGCAACCACAGCCUCCCCAGCGACAUCCUUUACGAUUUAAUUUUAGGGAUUUUAGUUGAUGAUUUGAGGGCGGUGAAGGAGAGGGACCCUGCCUGCAUCAGUUUCGCACACUGUUUCCUAAACUUCAAAGGCUUCUCCGCAAUUCAAUCUCAUAGAAUAGCGUACAAUCUAUGGUGCAAAGGCAGGAAAGUGCCGGCUCCGCUGAUACAGAACAGGGUUUUGGAGGCCUUCGCGGUGGAUAUCCAUCCUGGGGCGAGGAUCGGGAGCGGUAUCCUUCUCCGAGACAGUAGUGGCGUAGCAAAGGGAAGGCAGCAGUGA